AAGCAUCCUUCGUUUCCCCUUUUAUCUCUUCUUCUCCUUUUCUUUGGCUUCACUCGAAAUAAGACCUCAGAGAAAAAAAAAACGUCAUGUCAUCACCCAAAUCAACAUGGGUAUCAUAAAAAACGUGAAGUCGUCCUCAUCUGUUGAGUUGCGAACGCGUAAACAGGCUCACAUACAUCCAGUAACACCCUACCUCUUGGAAACAAGAAACGGGCAGUCGGGGUUUUGGUUUCUUAUUGAUGAUGAAGGUGUGAGAAGGAAGACCCAUCCAGGGAAUUGCGUCUAAUCGACAAGUUUUGUGUAUCCUGUGCCAUGCUGCUGAAUCUGAAGAUGAAGGCUAUCAAGGACUGGAUUGCGUGCCAACUCUCAUCAAAUCUUCUUCUGUCGUCGAGGCCGCCGUCACGAGGCGAUACUUUCCUCACCGAGGAGCCUAUGGUUGAACGGUUUGGAAACUCGGGUUCGGAUGUACUUGCUAGUGAAUCUGCAGUGGAACCUACUGACCCUUGCUCUUUCUCAAUGGGUGAUGAACCUCAUUCUUCAGCAUCUGCUGUUUCUGAAAAUUCACACUUGUCAUUCUCUAAUGCUGGUCAAAUAAAUGGUGAUAAAUUGGCACAGUUACAUGGACUUCAAAUUAAGUUCCUGCAGCUUAUGCAUAGACUUGGUUUCCCAUCGACAAAUCUUGUGGUUUCACAGGUUUUAUAUCGAUUACAACUUGCUGGGCUAAUACAGGCUGGAUCACUAGAAUCAAAUGCUUUGCUUCAAGGUGAUAGAGCUAAAACAGUAGCUUUGGACCUAGAGUCCACUGGUAAAAUUGACUUGGAAUUUUCCAUUACAAUUCUUGUUCUAGGGAAAACAGGUGUAGGUAAAAGUGCAACCAUUAAUUCUAUUUUCAAUGAGGCAAAAACCAAGACUGAUGCUUUCCAGCCAUCCACUAUCAAGAUUCAGGAGGUUGUGGGGAUGGUGAAUGGGAUCAAGGUCAAGGUGGUUGAUACACCGGGUCUUUCACCUUCUGUUUAUAGUCAACGGCGGAACAGAAAAAUCCUAUUUUCCAUCAAAAGAUUCAUGAGAAAAUCUCGUCCUGAUAUUGUUCUAUAUGUUGACCGCCUGGAUGUUAUCAGUAUAGGUCAUGGUGACUUUGCACUACUAAAGCUUAUAACAGAGACUUUUGGCUCUGAAAUAUGGUUUAGUACCAUCCUUGUGAUGACUCAUUCUUCUGCCAUUCCUGAAGGACCUGAUGGCUCUCCAGUUGGUUAUGACUUGUUUGUAAGUCAGUGCACCAACCUGGUUCAACACUAUAUACACAUGGCACUGGGUGAUACACAGUUAUUGAAUCCUGUGUUGUUGGUAGAGAACCAUCCUUUUUGUAAGACCAACAGGGAAGGGGAGAAAGUUCUUCCAAAUGGUCAAGCUUGGAAGCGCCAAUUCUUGCUCUUGACCAUUUCUUCCAAGGUCUUAACGGAUGCAAAUGCCAUCUUGAAAUUCAAAUACGAUGCUCAUGAAAGGAGAAAAGGCAGAAGAUUGCCUUCAUUACCACAUCUUCUCUCAUCACUUCUACAGCCUCAUCCUGCAGUAAAGAUGUCAAUGGUGAGUAGCUACGAAGAGGCAGAAGGGCUAGUUGAUAUGGAUGAAGAAGACGACUUUGACAAAUUACCUCCUAUCCGUAUACUAACAAAAGCACAGGUUGAGCAAUUGUCUAAGUCCCAGAAGAAGGAUUAUCGUGGUGAGCUGGAUUAUCGUGAGACAUUGUUCUUAAAGAAACAAUGGAGAGAAGAAUGCCAAAGGUGGAGUGCUGGUAGCGCUUCUGACAGUGGACAAUUUGGUACGGAUGAUAGUUUUGACAGGGAUGUGCCUCCAGAUGUAUUUCCUCUCUCAGAUAAUCCUCUUCCACAAAGCUUUGAUUCAGAUUAUCCAUCUUACAGAUAUCGUUGCUUGGAGACUAAUGGCAAAUGGUUCGUGAGGCCUGUUUUAGACUCACAAGGUUGGGAUCAUGAUUUUGGUUUUGAUGGAGUUAAUGUUGAAGCUUCCUUGGUCUCAGAGAACAAUGUCCACGCCCUCAUCAUGGGACAGGUGAACAAGGAGAAGCGAAAUUUUAGUUUUCAAAGUGAUUGUACGGCUGCUUAUAUGACUGAAAAUGGGGCCUCAAGUUAUGGAGGCCUGGAUGUACAAGCUACCAAUGAAAACCUUCUUUGCACUGUUCGUGGAGAUUCAAAAGUCAGAAGCUUUAAGCAUAAUAAAAUUGGUGGUGCGGUUUCGCUUACAUCAGUUGAUGGCAACCUUUUUGUUGGAGCAAAGGUUGAAAACUCUUUGUUGAUAAAGAAAUGGUUGAAGCUGGUUCUAAAUGCUGGUGGCAUUGCUGGUCAAGGAGAAACAGCAUGUGGAGGGAGCUUGGAAAUGUCUCUUAGAGGGAGAGAUUAUCCUGUUAGGAAUGAAAAAGCUACUGCAGCUGUGACCGCUUUGUCAUACAAGAAAGAGGUGGUAUAUGGAGGAAGCUUGCAGAUAGAUUUUCGCCCUGCCCAUGGCACAAACAUGUCUGUCCAGGCCAAUAUAAACAGCAGGCAAAUGGGUCAGGCUUGUGUCAAGGUUUCUAGCUCUGAGCAUGUUCAGUUGGUCCUAUUAGUUGUCAUCCCAAUUGUCAGGGCGCUGUUUGGGAGAAAAGAAGAUCUACAUGCUAAAUAAAUGGAAGGACAAAAGUUUCAGUACAGUUUCUAGUUCACAAAGUUGAGUGUCAGAAAGCAAAUGAAAAUGGGGAUGGGCUUCGCUCCAGGGCCUGAAGGUGCACAUUUGGAAUGAUGUCAGAACGAACAAAAAUGUAUUAUCUGCAUGGCGGUGCAGUUACGAAUGGGCAAAUAACCUCAUUUGAUCCGCAUAUUUUUGAAAGCAACCAUCUUAAGCAAUGCUUAGGAAAUGGCGUGGGGGAGGAAGAGAGGGGGAGGUGGUGCAUGACAGUAGUUCUACCAGGAAGCAGCAUUCUUGCUUAUCCUUGUCAGAUGACUUGUUGACUUGACAAUUGUAGGUGCAAUUUUGCAUGUAAAGAGUGAGAUAAUAAUAGUGAUGUAUUUGAUCAAAUGCAACUACCUUUCUUUUUGCA